AUGGCCUCUAGGUUCAGGAUUUGGACAGGAAACGGGGCAUUAGUUUCUAUAAACCAAUUGGAAUACCUGGUGGAUUAUUUAACCUUGGUCACUACUGCCAAAACUAGUGAAAAGCCUUUACAAGGUUUUGUUCUUGUAGCCAGGGAAAUGUUCAAAUCGGAGCCAGGACAUAGUUGCUACUCUAAAUCUGACUCCAUGCCAGCUCUCGUGACUCCUGUGGAUUAUACAUUAGUUUGGUGUUCAGAUGAUGGUGGAGAUGAAAAUUUUGAUACAUGUGGUUACUUCUGGCCAGAGAAGCCACAGUUAGAGGAAAUCAAAUGUGUCUGUGCUGACCUAACAGAUAAAUGUGAACCUUAUCGCCUGACAGUCAACACCCACUCUACUUUUUUAAAAGUACCACUCAAAGUUUGGAGUACAAGAUCUCUUCAUCGAGGAAUGCGUGGUAGAGGUGUCUCAGUAGGUAGUUUCUUUUGCAGUGGCCACUGGAUCCCAGGAGAGGAGCUGGAUAUUGCAUGCUUGAAGAACUUAGACAAUACACUACAGGCAAUGCCAAAUCUUGAUCAAAUUCAUGCACUAAUCAGGCUCUACGGACUUAUUGUCUUCUUCCAUCCUGAUGAGGCCUAUUUGCCAUCUUCUGUUUCAUGGUUCUUCAAAAAUGGGGCAUUAUUGUUCAGAAAUGGUGAUUCAUUCGGCGUGGCCAUUGAUAGCGAAGGUUCCAAUCUGCCUAGGGGAGGGACAAAUGACGGGGAGUAUUGGAUACAUUUGCCAACUGAUGGUCGCAAGGAGAGCGUUAAACAUUUUAAUCUGUUUCAGCGUUUUUGGGUGAGUAGGAUUGCUCUUGUCCGAUUAUGGAUUAUCAAGCCAAUUGCUUGA